AUGCGCACUUCCAUGGGAACCUGACGUAAAAUUGAAAGUCUUGGUGUUAGCCCGCUAUUUGAAUGUUUCAGCUAACAUGUGAAUUAUAAUUCUUUUAUAUAAUAUAUGCUGUAAUACUAGCUAGCCAAAAGCAAACACUGUAUGGCUAACUUAUAUUGACUAAGGCCGUACGCAGAAAAUGCUUCACGAUCACGUUAACGCUAACGUUAGCUAGCUAAACUGAGAAAAAGUAGAUUUAUAGCUAACGUUAGCUGGCUAACGUUGCCGACCUAAGUAGCUGUUGUUGUCAACAUCAACAUCUAACGUUAAAGCUCACAGGAAACUCCGACACACCGAGUUAUGCUAGAUUUAAUCUAUUCCAGUGUCGUAGCUACUAAAUUGAGAAAAAGUAGAUUUAUAGCUAGCGUUAGUUUAGAGACUCUUCAUUUCGAUCUUAUAUUAUCAUCUACGCUUUCUUGUCCAGUAAUAUUUAAACCAUGGAUGAGUUUAUUGUGUUAAACACAGAAGGUGGAGAGGGCGCAGAUUUCACAUCAGAUUCAAAUAAAUGCUAUAUCUGCCUGAGCCCCUUUGAAAAGCAAGCAGUGGCCUCUCUGGAGAACUGCCAGCAUGUCUUUUGCCUUGAAUGUAUUCUCCAAUGGUCCCAGACAGCCAACACUUGCCCGGUGGAUCGGAGCAGUUUCGCUUUCAUCCACCAGAGACGGUGUACUGGAGGGGACAUUCAAAAGAAGAUAAAAGUGAAGACGCAGAAAAAGGAUGAUGAUGAAGAGGAGGGGAGCAAUGCUGUUGUCUGCGAAGAAUGUGGACGCAGCAACCGCAGGCACCAGCUGCUGGUGUGCAUACAGUGUGAUUCAGGGUAUCAUAUGGACUGCUUGACACCAUCAUUAAACACAGGCCCUGAAGGUGACUGGAUUUGUCCUGAAUGUGCGGUCACUCCUCAGCAUACAGACGGCUUCAUGGUGGAGGAGGAGAUCAGUGAUGGAGAACUAAUGGACCUCCUAGCCGAAAUAGGUGAAACUGCAUCUACCAGCAGUCGCCUUCGGCCGUCCACCACAAAUCAUCGCAGCAGCACCAUUGAACGACGACACAGCCAGAGGAUCCAGAGCAGAGCCAGCGGCGAUCCUAAUCCUCGCCCCCAAACCUCCUGGCAUGUACCUAAAUACUUGUUACUGGCAUCAAAGCCUGCAGCUACAACAGAUGAAGUAGCUGCACUUGAUCACAGUGAUACCAGCAAUGCUACAGUCAAGUUAAACACAAGAAAAAGAAGGAAGCGUGCAGCUUGAGCUUCUGACACCAAGAGGAGUAGACGUUGGAAGAUGGUGUGUGUCGUCGCUGCCUGAGAAAUGUCACAGCAGAUUAAGGUGCUCCUGUCAGAAAUGACCACAUGGUGGCAGCACUGUGUUAACAGUUGGAGUUGUUGAGUUUCAGGCAUAAACAUUAUAGCUGCUUUUCCACCAGGAACUUUUAUCCCCAGGAACUACUUUUUAAGGAACUAAAAAGUUCCUUCAGCCCACUGUUGUGUGCAUUUCCACCGCAGUCUAAAGACCAGUGAAGAUUUGGCAAAUUACACCCAUUACACCUGUUUUAAAUACUGAGCUAACUGGUGUAUAAUGGUGAAAUUGAGAGCCACUACUUCCUUAGAGCUUUGUAAUAUUAGAAUAUGGUAACACAAGCAUAAACAUUAUGUGUCUUUUUAUAUAUAUAUAGUAGUAUAUACUUGUUUUCAGAUAUAAGAAUAGCCACUAUACACACAUUUAGUUCCACAACUAUUUAUUAAUCUGCAGAAAUAUAAAUAUGCAAAAUACAGUGUUUGUGUGCUUCAGCAGGAGACAUGGGACGAGGCCUGCUGGUGGUCGCAGGAGUAAACACACUGGUCUGCAGCCUACAGUUCACUUUACCCGUCCGUUUCAUCUGAAAAACACAGUGGGGAAAAAAUAAACGUUGUGUCUCACUGCAACGACAUUAACAAGAUAUCAUUUUGUAUGAUCCCAGCCAUGUGAGGGAACUGACCAAACUUGUGUGCUGGUGCUUUUCUGUUUCUUUUUACAGUGAUGUUGUUUGCUGUGCUUUGUAAAAACUAUUGUUGAAUGUUUUUGUUUUUACUUUUGGCAUUAUUCUGUACUUGUCUUACUGUCAAUAAAUCCCAUAAAAAGACCAAAACCAA